CAGAAGAAUAAGAGACAAGUUAUAACUGACGAUUAACAGAUAUUCUCUGGAGCGACCCGAAUUCUCUCUCUCCGAUGCGAGAGUUUUCCCGCCAAAUCAAUGAAUCCUCAGCUCCGCCAAUCUCUAUAGCGCCGCCGUCGCCAUGACCGCUCCUCCUCCUCGCGCCACCACGUCAUCGCUCUCUCUUCUCUUCGUCGUCAUCUCCAUUUCAGUUUCCAUCUCCAUCUCUCUCCUCCAUUUCAGACCCCAAAAUUCCCCAACCCUAAACCGAAACCUUCCCCCAAAUUCGUCGCGUCCCCAGGCCAACCGCCAAAGGUACGUCGUUCGAUUUGUGGAGUACAGGAGGGCGGAGGAGUUCCGAGAGUAUUUAAAAUCGUGUGUGCGAUCCGAUGGGUGGGAUUGGAUCGAGAGGAACAACCCAGCGAAGAAGUAUCCGACGGAUUUCGGGUUGGUUUGGAUAGAAGACUCGGCGAAAGAAAGGCUAUUUUCGGAAAUGGGGAGGUUGGGAAUGGUGAAGGAUGUGAAUGCGGAUCUGAGGUAUGGAAGGGGUUUGCUUGCUGAGGGGAAAAGGGACAGAGUUGGGGCUUUUGUCGAUGGGAAGAAGCGGCCAGGGAAGAUCUUGACGGGGAUGUCGUUCAGUGAAGCCGGCGGCAAUGCAUUUUACUCCGCCACAAGCAAUUCUUCGAUUAGCUGGAGAAGGCAGCUCAUGUCUCAGGUGGUUCUUGAUUCCCUUGUGUUUGGGGCUGAGUCCCUUUGGGAAAAAGGUUAUACUGGUGUAAAUGUCAAAAUGGCCUUCUUUGACACUGGAAUUCGAGCUAAUCACCCGCAUUUUCGUAAUAUCAAGGAGCGCACAAACUGGACAAAUAAAGAUACUUUAAAUGACAACCUUGGGCAUGGGACAUUUGUUGCUGGUGUUAUUGCUGGUGUAGAUGCAGAGUGUCUUGGUUUUGCUCCUGACACAGAGAUUUAUGCUUUUCGUGUGUUCACAGAUGCACAGGUAUCAUACACAUCAUGGUUCCUUGACGCUUUCAACUAUGCAAUUGCAACCAAUAUGGAUGUGCUAAAUCUGAGUAUUGGUGGACCUGAUUAUUUGGACCUCCCAUUUGUAGAGAAGGUUUGGGAAAUAACUGCAAACAACAUAAUUAUGGUUUCGGCAAUUGGAAAUGAUGGACCACUUUACGGCACUCUAAACAAUCCAGCAGACCACAGUGAUCUCAUUGGCGUCGGUGGCAUUGACUACAGUGAUCACAUUGCUUCUUUCUCGUCACGUGACAUGAGUACAUGGGAGAUGCCUCAUGGUUAUGGUCGGGUGGUGAAGCCAGAUGUUGUUGCAUAUGGACGGGACAUCAUGGGAUCCGAGAUCAGUAAAGGCUGUAAAAGCUUAUCAGGCACAAGUGUGGCAAGUCCUGUGGUUGCUGGUAUGGUGUGUCUUCUUGUCAGUGUUAUCCCUGUGAGCAUUAGGAAGGAUAUUUUAAAUCCAGCAAGCAUGAAACAAGCACUCGUUCAGGGUGCUGCGAAGCUUUCUGGUCCAAAUAUGUAUGAGCAGGGUGCAGGCAGGGUUGAUCUGUUAGAAUCAUAUGAAAUCCUCAAGAGUUACCAACCUCGUGCCAGCAUCUUUCCUAGCACUCUCGAUUAUACAGAUUGCCCUUACUCUUGGCCCUUCUGUCGUCAGCCCCUUUAUGCAGGUGCCAUGCCUGUUAUCUUUAAUACUACCAUUCUAAAUGGGAUGGGUGUAAUAGGCUACGUUGAAAGUCCACCGAUGCAUCCUUCAGAUGAUGUAGGGAAUCUUCUAAGCAUUCACUUUACUUAUUCUGAAGUUAUUUGGCCUUGGACUGGUUAUUUAGCACUUCACAUGCAAAUUAAGGAUGAAGGGGCACAAUUUUCUGGAGAGAUAGGAGGCAAUGUUACUCUUAGGGUAUACAGUCCUCCAGCUCUAGGAGAGAUGGAUCAUCGGAUGAGUACUUGUGUGCUUCAGUUGAAAUUGAAAAUUGUCCCAACUCCACCAAGAUCGAAACGAGUUUUGUGGGAUCAGUUUCACAAUAUUAAAUACCCUCCAGGUUAUAUCCCUAGAGAUUCUUUGUAUGUCCGUAAUGAUAUUCUUGACUGGCAUGGGGAUCACCUGCAUACGAAUUUUCACAUUAUGUUCAACAUGUUACGAGACGCUGGGUAUUAUGUCGAAACACUUGGUUCGCCAUUUACUUGCUUUGAUGCUCUCCGGUAUGGGACACUUCUUCUUGUAGAUCUUGAAGAAGAGUACUUCCAGGAGGAGAUUGAAAAGCUUCGAGAUGAUGUUCUUAAUUCUGGACUGGGACUAGCGGUGUUUUCUGAAUGGUAUAAUGUGGACACAAUGGUGAAGAUGAGAUUCUUUGAUGAUAACACAUGGAGCUGGUGGACUCCAGUCACUGGUGGCGCAAAUAUUCCAGCAUUGAAUGACCUUUUAGCUCCAUUUGGGAUUGCAUUUGGAGAUAAGAUUCUGAAUGGUGUUUUUUCUAUUAAUGGUGAGCAUAGUCGAUAUGCAUCUGGAACGGAUAUUGUGAGGUUUCCACGCGUUGGUUAUUUGCACAAGUUCCCUUUAGUUGAUAGCUCUGAGAGCGGGGCCACUCAAAAUGUACUUCGGACUCCUGAGAUGACCACGGCAGAUUCUCCCAUUCUUGGUCUUGUGGAGGCGGGUGAAGGUCGUGUUGUAGUCUAUGGAGAUUCUAACUGUCUGGACAGCAGUCAUAUGGUGACAAAUUGUUAUUGGCUCUUGAGGAAAAUAUUAGAUUUCACGGGUGGAAACAUCAAGGAUCCCGUGCUUUUCUCAAACUCGGUUAAACAAAAUUCACCUUUACAUAUAGAAGACAACCAAUUACCGUCUCGUAGAACUGACGUGAAUUUUUCUACAUAUUCUGCUGUUAUGGGAAGGGAAUUGAUGUGUGGGAGUGACUCUGUAUUUGAAAUCUGGGGGACUAAAGGUUACAGUUCACAGGUCAGGGGAACAAACAGAAGAUUACCGGGCUAUUCUGUGGUUGACUUGGAUAGAGGUUUAAAUUCUACAGCCGAUACUUCAAAUUUGAAGCACACCCAGUUGACUGUGGAAAAUAGAAGUGAUCCUUUGGGAUACUUGGGCCUGUUCUAUGGGGACGAGCUUGACAUGCCUGUGUUAGUUCCUACUCAUUGGUAUGUUCCUGCAAUCAUUCUUGCAAUUGGUCUUUUGGCAUUUUUGAGCUUUUGGCGAAUCCGACAGAAGCGCUGGUGGCGAAGGAAAGGAUCUGGUUCUGGUCGGUAUUCUAAUUUGUAGUUCCAGAUGAUUUUUUUUUUUUUUUUUUUGGUAACGUGAAUUCGCUAAUAUAAGAUUCUUCGAGCUAGCGCAAAACCGAACGCAAUGGCAUUCUAGGAUUUAUACUGCCCAACCCAUAAGGUUUGGUGGUUGUAAGGAAUUUGGUACAAACAAAUUUUGAUUUUCUUUAAUCUAUAUGUAUUUAUGCUAAUCAUGAGUAUUAGGCAA